AUGACAAAGCCUUUGAUGCAAGAUGAGAGGUUUCUCAGGAUUCGUAAGCUGAAUUCAGGUGGAAAUAGGCGUAAGUCUAUCGCACUAGAACAAGAAGAAGAGGAAGAACGUGAAGAUGGAUUAGAACUUGUUAAAGAGGUCUCACUGGAUGAACUGAAGAAAACAGCCGAUGAAGGUGUCAAAUCACUACCAGAAGGUUCAAGAGCUUCUAGGGGAGCCUCUCCUGAUAAGGGGGCAAUUAUAGCUACCGGGACUGACAGUGUUGAAGGCUCUGACGAAGAGCAUAUUAAGCUACGUUUAAGGCGUCUUUACAAUGAUGCGAAUCUGAAUGGACCUGAGAAGAGAUAUUCAUUUUUUGGUGAUGUUGCCUUUGAGUAUAGGCCUACUAUUCUUGAUGGUGCAAUUAAUGAUCCUAUGAAGACUAGAUUCGAAGGUCCAACAUUGGAAAAACAGAUUAGAGCUAAAAAGACAGCCGUUAAAUUAGAGGGUACUAAUAAUCAUGUUAUUAUUGACAAUUGCGAAUUGACUCCAAGUUUUUCAGGACUAUACGUAUUGUUCUGGCUAACGGUAGCGUUCAUGUCGAUGAAUAUGUGUAUCAAUUACUACUAUGAACAUGGACGUACAUUCCGUGAUAGUGCUAUCUUAAAAUUCAUGACUACCGACAUUUUUACAGUUGGAUUUGUCGACUUGGUCAUGUAUUUGAACAUUUACAUGGUUUUCUUUAUCCACAAAGCUUGUAAGAGCAAAUGGAUUAAAUGGUCGAGUACUGGGAUGGUGAUCACAAGUACAUUGGAAUUUGCAUACUUGAUCUUUUAUCUAUAUUUGCCGGAACAUAUUUUAGGAUUACAUUGGUUGGCCAAGAUCUUUUUAUUUUUACACUCUUUGGUUCUAUUGAUGAAGAUGCAUUCGUAUGCAUUCUAUAAUGGUUACAUGUGGAAUAUCCUAGAUGAAUUGAAUUUUUCCACAAAGCAAUUGAAAAAAAAAUCUUCAAUUUCUGAUCCUAAAGUGAUUACUGUGCUGGAACGUAGUCGUUCUUUCUGUAAAUCUGAAAUUGAGUCACAAUCGAGUUCACCGCAGGAUGUGUUCCCUAAUAAUAUUAAUUUGAAAAACUUCUUCAUGUAUACCAUGUAUCCAACGGUGGUAUACCAAAUUGAAUAUCCAAGAACUCCUAUCGUUAGAUGGGGCUACGUUUUUGAAAAAAUCUGUGCUAUCUUUGGUACUAUCUUUGUCAUGAUGGCUUUAGCUCAAAGUUCCAUGUAUCCAUUAGCUUUAAAGGCUCUAAGUUUACGUGAGAAGACCUGGUUGUCAGCGGGUGAAAGACUCCAACAAUGGGGAUUUAUUCUUAUUGAAUACAUCCCAUCAUUCAUCGUCAUGUACCUGCUGGUAUUUUACUUGAUUUGGGAUGCAAUUUUAAAUUGUAUUGCAGAACUGACUAAAUUUGGUGAUCGUUACUUUUAUGGUGAUUGGUGGAAUUGUGUGUCAUGGGAUGAAUUUAGUAGAAUUUGGAACGUUCCUAUCCACAAGUUUUUACUAAGACACGUCUACCAUAGUUCUAUGAGUGCGUUGCAAUUGAACAAGAUCCAGGCCACUUUGAUGACAUUUCUUUUAUCAUCAAUAGUGCAUGAAUUGUCAAUGUACGUCCUUUUCGGAAAGUUGAGAUUUUACCUGUUUUUUUUUCAAAUGGGUCAAUUGCCGCUAGUGGCAAUGAGUAAUUCGAAAAUAAUUAAACGUAAUCCCAUCGUAGGUAACCUUUUCUUUUGGCUUGGUAUUUGCACGGGUCCUAGUGUUUUAUGUACCAUGUACCUGACGUUCUAA